UUAAAAGUGAGAGACAAGAGUUGUUUUACCUGCACUCGGUGUGGCAAGAGUUUCAGCCAAGCAUCAUACCUUACUAAACACAUGAUGAUCCACACUGGAGAAAAACCAUUCACAUGCCCUCAGUGUGGGAAGAGUUUCAGCCAAUCAUCAUACCUUACUAAACACAUGAUGAUCCACACUGGAGAGAAACUAUUCACAUGCCCUCAGUGUGGGAAGAGUUUCAACCAAUCAUCAAACCUAAAUCAACACAUGAUGAUCCACACUGGAGAGAAACCAUUCACAUGCCCUCAAUGUGGGAAGAGAUUCAGCAAAUCAUCAUCGCUUUAUAGACACAUGAAGAUCCACACCGGAGAAAAACCAUUCACAUGCACUCAGUGUGGGAAGAGUUUCAGCCAAUCAUCAUUCCUUAAUAAACACAUGAGGAUCCACACUGGAGAGAAACUAUUCACAUGCCCUCAGUGUGGGAAGAGUUUCAACCAAUCAUCAAACCUAAAUCAACACAUGAUGAUCCACACUGGAGAGAAACCAUUCACAUGCCCUCAGUGUGGAAAGAGUUUCAACCAAUCAUCAAACCUAAAUCAACACAUGAUGAUCCACACUGGAGAGAAACCAUUCACAUGCCCUCAGUGUGGGAGGAGUUUCAACCAAUCAUCAAAUCUAAAUCAACACAUGAUGAUCCACACCGGAGAAAAACCAUUCACAUGCCCUCAGUGUGGGAAGAGUUUCAGCCAAUCAUCAUACCUUACUAAACACAUGAUGAUCCACACUAAAGAAAAACCAUUCACAUGCCCUCAGUGUGGGAAGAGUUUCAGCCAAUCAUCAUACCUUACUAAACACAUGAUGAUCCACACUGGAGAGAAACCAUUCACAUGCCCUCAGUGUGGGAAGAGAUUCAGCAAAUCAUCAUCGCUUUAUAGACACAUGAAUGUCCACACCAGAGAAAAACCAUUCACAUGCCCUCAGUGUGGGAAGAGUUUCAGCCAAUCAUUAUACCUUACUAAACACAUGAAGAUCCACACCGGAGAAAAACCAUUCACAUGCACUCAGUGUGGGAAGAGUUUCAGCCAAUCAUCAUUCCUUAAUAAACACAUGAGGAUCCACACUGGAGAGAAACCAUUCACAUGCACUCAGUGUGGGAAGAGUUUCAACCAAUCAUCAAACCUUAAUCACCACAUGAUGAUCCACACUGGAGAGAAACCAUUCACAUGUACUCAGUGUGGGAAGAGUUUCAGCAAAUCAUCAUCGCUUUAUAGACACAUGAAGAUCCACACCGGAGAAAAACCAUUCGCAUGCCCUCAGUGUGGAAAGAGUUUCAACCAAUCAUCAUACCUUAAUAAACACAUUAGGAUCCACACUAGAGAGAGAUCAUUCACAUGCACUCAGUGUGGGAAGAGUUUCAUCCACUCAUCCCACCUUAAUAGACGCAUGAAGAUCCACACUGGUGUGAGAGAGUAUAUGUGCUUGGAGUGUGGGAAGACUUUUAUUACAGCUGCAGAAUUUAAACGGCACCAGAGGAUUCACAUUGGAGAAAAACCGUACAAGUGUUCACUCUGCAGUAAGAGGUUUACUCACUCAGGAACCUUGAAAACACAUAAGAGGAUUCACACUGGAGAGAAACCGUAGACAUGAUCAGUGUUUGCAGAGUUUCACUCAUUCAGGGCAGCUUAAGAAACACAUGGGAUGGUUUCUGGUAUGGCGUCGACACGUGUAGCA